GGUAGGCUACUUCCAAUCUGACAUCGCCAAGUGUGCCCAACCAAACACGACUCCAUUGCCCUGGAUAGCUUCGGUUGCUGUUGCACCAGCACUUCCGCUCCGAGAGAGGCGAAAGACACGCGUCCAAGCGACGGAAGAGGCACACACAGACACAAAGAAAGUCGGUAGCAUGUCGGAUGAGGACUCGCGUGCCAGCAUCAGUUCUUCAUCAUCAUCCUCUUCGUCCUCUACUCAUCAGCAGCCAGAGAAAGACACGCCUAGCAAGAAGCGCGAGAGCAAAGCAAGCAUGAGCAAGACCUCCAAACUCCUCUCUACCAGCGCCAAAAGAAUUCAAAAAGAGUUAGCGGACAUCACAUUGGAUCCACCGCCAAAUUGCAGUGCUGGUCCUAAAGGAGAUAACAUCUAUGAGUGGAGGUCGACCAUCUUGGGGCCCCCAGGGUCUGUGUAUGAGGGGGGAAUCUUCUUCCUUGACAUUGCCUUCACGCCAGACUACCCCUUCAAACCACCCAAGGUGACGUUCCGCACAAGAAUCUACCACUGCAACAUCAACAGCCAAGGCGUGAUCUGCUUGGACAUUCUGAAGGACAACUGGAGUCCUGCCCUCACCAUCUCCAAGGUGCUGCUGUCCAUCUGCUCCCUACUCACAGACUGCAACCCCGCCGACCCACUUGUGGGAAGCAUCGCUACCCAGUAUACGACCAACAGAUCGGAGCACGACAGGAUAGCCAAACAGUGGACCAAGCGCUACGCCACAUAAUCUCCCACAGGCAUGCGGAGAGUGCUAUGUGGAGAGGGAGUGAUACAGGAGGAGGUGGAGAGGGAUGAAGAUGUGUGUGUGUGUGUGUGUGUCUGUGUGUGGGUGGGUGGGUGGGUGGCAGGUUAAAUGAGAAGGAACUGAUUGGGUGGGGGAGGGUGACUAGGGAUUGGGAUUGAGUGUGCUGAGGGAGGUAUAUAGGGAGACAUUUUUAUUGGGGGUGGGAGGGAGGAUUAAAGUCGUAUUUCCUUAUGGUCCCUUUGUUGUUAACAUGUGAUGUUUCCUUCUUUUUCUGAACUUGUUUGUUUUGAGCACAAGUAGAGUUGAGAUUUUGGCAGUGCUUCAUCGUAAUAUGUCUUCCAUUUUUGUUUUGUUUUCUACCCUGUUGUAAAUCAGUUUUAGUUGGCACGCUUGGAAACAAUAAUGUUAAGUCUUUCUGCAUUACGGUUCCUUGUAAAAACAAUAGCACAGCAUGAUCCUUCAGGCCAAACUUCAAGUUGCAAUGUGAAUUUUCCCCUUCUAUUAAAGUUGAAUUACAACUGA